AUGAAUCGUAAGACCAGUGUGAUUUGGGAUUAUUUCACAGUAAUUGAAAGUGAUAAAGCUAAACAUAUAAAAUCUAUACAUCCAACAACUGAUUUGUCCAAACGUUCAAGACCUAAUUUUGAUGUAGAAGAAAAUAACCCAGAUGAUCCUCCUAGUAACAAUGGCAAUCUAUCAGCAUCAACAUCUUCUAAUUCUGGUGUCGUAUCAACUUCAACAUCUAAUAGAGAUAGGUCYCCUCUUCUUCAUCGUCAGCCGUCAUCAUCAAUUCGUCCACAGCAAUGUCAAAUUUCUAAUUAUUUCAGCAAACCAGUAACUGCAUCAAAAAGGCAAUUAAUUGACCAACAGGUAAUUAAAAUGAUAGUAAAAGAAUAUUACCCCUUUAGUAUCGUUGAAGAUGUUGAAUUUAUAAAGCUGGUAAAUAUGUUGAACCCUGGUUAUUCCCUUCCCUCUAGGAAAACCCUUUCAACAUCAUUAUUGCCUGUUCUUUAUAAUGAAAUAUACAAAAAAGUCCAAUCAGAUAUUGAAGUUAAUGCACAGUAUGUUGCCUUAACUACAGAUGCGUGGACAUCACUUAAAAAUGAGAGUUAUACGGCAAUUACUGUACACUUCAUAGAUCAAAACUGUGAAUUAAAAUCAUAUUUACUUUCAUGUGCAAAAUUUCCAAUGAGACACACAAGUGAAAAUAUUAAAKAYURUCUUCAAAAUAUUGUAAGGCAAUGGGGUUUGCAAAAUAAAAUAGCAGCUUGUACUACUGACAAUGCUUCAAACAUAACUUCAGCGAUUCGCUUAUGUCAGUGGAGACAUGUUUCAUGCUUUGCCCAUAGCCUUAAUCUUAUUGUUCAAUCUUCUCUGGACCAAAUCAAAGAAACUAGAGUUAAAGUUAAAAGCAUUGUCGAGUACUUUAAAAGAAGUACACUAGCCACAGAAAAAUUGAACCAAAUGCAGGAACAAUUAGGUUACUCUCCAGUCCAUACACUAAUACAAGAUGUAGUCACCCGUUGGAAUUCUACGUUUCAUAUGUUCCAACGGUUUUUUGAAUUAAAAACUCCAAUAUUGUCUUCCUUAGCAGAUCUUAAUUAUGAUGUCAGUUUAACUUCGGAUGAUUGGCAGAUAAUCAGUAAAUCUUGCGAUAUUCUGAAACGAWUUGAAGAAAUAACUAUUGAAAUGAGUAGUGAAAAAGGUGUAACAAUACCUAAAACUAUUUUAUUUACCCAGGCUUUAAUUAACUUUUGUAACAAACUAAUGACCCAACAUCAGACAAUUCCAUGCAUAGACAGCUUUAUACAUAAAUUAACUGAAGAAACAAAUAAGAGAUUUGGUCAGUUAGAAAAAGAUAUGCUGUUAGCUGAGGCAACAUUUUUGGAUCCUCGGUUCAAAAAAUAUGGAUUCAAAAAUCAUUUUGCUUUUCAAGACACCAAAAGAUCUAUUGUCAACAAAGGAAAAAUUAUAAUAAGUGAAAAAAAUGUACAGCAACGUAACUUGACAACUUACCCGAUACCACCGACAGCGAGUAAUAAAGAAGAUUCAAUUUGGAACGACUUUGAUUUGGAAGUUACUGAUAUAGUUCAGUCUCAGGAUCCAAAAGCGUUGAUGAUUAUCGAAGUAGAUAAGUAUCUUCAAGAACCUUUGAUUGCAAGAUCAAACGAUCCAUUAAAAUGGUGGAAUGAAAACAAAAAUAUUUACCCUACUUUGUUUGAAAUAAUGAAGCGGCGUUUUUGUAUACAAGGUACAUCUGUUCCGAGUGAACGUGUGUUUUCCAAAGGUGGACAAGUGAUCAAUUCAAAUAUGUUGAUCAAUAUCUUUGUCUGGAUGAUAAUUAUGAAUUUGAUCUUUAAAUUGAAAGAAGAUUUCCAAACAAAUUCUAAAGUCAUUGUAGUUCAUUGGGAUGGUAAACUUUUGCCUACAAGUAAAUUUAUUCAACAUGAUCGACUUCCAGUUAUAGUAACAUUGCAAGACUCGGAACAAUUAAUCGGAGUUCCAAAAUUAGAUUCCGGUACUGGUCAAAAUAUGGCAAAUGCUGUGUACGAAUUAUUAAACAAUUGGGACUUAUCCAAACGCGUGAAUGCACUGUGCUGUGACRCUACGGCUUCUAAUACAGGCAGAAUAAAURGGGCUUAUGAAUGGAUUAACAACACUGCGUAUAAUGAUGGAGCAAAUACUGUAACUCAUAUUAAUGUUGUUAAUGAUACGGCAGAAAGAGGAGUGAAGSUAAUUGAAGAAUAUAACAGCAUUUUAACUAAAGAUGAAGAACAAAAACAGUACCUACAGGCUACAACAAAUAGUAAAAAAUUAUAA